AAACUUUUUUUUUUUUCAAACCACCGAAAAGAUUUUAGUUACAAGCCGAAGGACUUUUCUACCAUCAAUGGAAGGCAAAUAAAAUAGUACUAGUAGCAUUGUAAAUCCAGAGAAUGGAGGCACUAGUGGCAUCGUACGGAGACACUUCCUCCGAUUCCGAAUCAGAUUCCACGCCACCAGUUACCGCCGCCGACCCAUCACCACCGCCAGUCACUCUUCCACCGCCGCCAAUCGACCUUCUCAACCCACCAAAUUCACUAGGAAAUUUUGAUUUUUUGGAGAGAAAUACAGAAAAUAGAAUUCGAAGCUUUCCUCAUAUUGAUGGCAACUAUGCUUUACAUGUUUAUAUCCCAGUCGUUAUACCAUCCGAAAGAAAGAAGGAGCUGGCCCUGUUUUUGAAGAAAGCCACAUCAUUUGUACCAGGACUUCAUGUUGUAGAUAUUGAUGUUCCACUACAUAUACUGGUAAAAGACGAUGAGAAGCUAGUACAAGCUGCCUUGGGGAGGGAAUUUCAUAUUAGUCUUGGAAGAACGGUUCCGAUACGUGUGCAUCAGAUAGAUUCAGUAGUUGCAAUGCUUCGUCAGAAGCUUCAGUUUCAAAAACGGUAUUUGAUUAAUUUUGAUAAGUGGGAGGUCUUUGUCAAUGAUGAUCAGACACGCACGUUUCUUUCAGUUGAGAUUACAACCGGUGGCCUAGCUGAGGUAACGAAACAGAUUCAAGGUGUUAAUGAGGUUUAUAAGUUGCACAAUCUUCCUGAAUUUUACAAGGAUCCUCGACCUCAUAUAUCUAUAGCUUGGGCUGUUGGUGAUAUCAGUCAAUCUCUACAGAGAGCAGUCGAAGGAGAAAUGAGGAAAUACAAUCUUGGAGGAUCAUCAUCGAGGUCUAUGUUUACCUGCAAAUUCGGUAAUAUUGUUUGUAAAGUAGGUAAUAAAACCUAUAAUAUAUGCGGAUCUCAAGGACAAUGAACAUUUAACUUUUAAUGCACCAAAACCUUGAGAACCAAAUGUAAUGUGGUUAUGUUUACUUUCUUUUCCA